AUGUGGAGGGUCGAGUUGGAUCGUCUUCCCACUUGCAUGGCUCUAAAGAUUCGCAACUGCAACUUCGGCUCGUUGAUGUGCGGCUUGUGCAACAACGAAGAAGAGACCGUGGAACAUCUUUUCUGUUCGUGCACGAUGGCCAUGGACGUGUGGUAUCAUGUAGGGGUGUGGUGCAAGUCGCCAUCGGUGUUCCUGUUCGACAUUAAAGACAUCUUUGAGCUUCAUAAGAUGACUGGUUUUUGCAAGGAAAGGAGGUCGACCUUUAAAGGAAUUGUGUCCAUAACCUGGUGGAUUCUUUGGAAGACUAGGAAUGAUACUGUGUUCAACAAAGAAAAACCAAACAUUGAGAAGAUUGUACAGAACAUCAAAGAUCUUAGCUUCUUAUGGUAUAGAGUUAAGAAGAAAAAGGAUGUGAUUACAUGGGACAAAUGGUGUUGUUUUGACAUUGUAUAA